UUGGUGUGUGUGUGUGAUUUGAGCAGCAGCAGGAGCAGGAGCUCAGACGGAGCGCAAUGGUCUGCUGCAGAGACGCUGCAAAAUGCCGGAUGGACGAGUCGCCGUGCGGGCAUGGAGCACUCUCACUCUCAUAGCGGCGCUGUGCAGCCUCCCGCCCCCGUCCCACGCCUACUUCGGGCUGACGGGGAAUGAGCCCCUGUCCAUGCUGAGCUUCCAGCCCGAGGACGGACCAGCGAGGGCACACUACAAACUCUGCGACCGGCUCAAACUGGAGAAGAAGCAGCGCAGGAUGUGCAGACGAGACCCGGGCGUGGCCGAGACACUCAUGGAGGCCAUCAGCCUCAGUGCACUCGAGUGUCAGUACCAGUUCCGCUUCGAAAGGUGGAACUGCACCUUAGAAGGACGCUACAGAGCAAACAUUUUAAAAAGAGGUUUUAAAGAGACGGCGUUCCUCUACGCAAUCUCCUCAGCUGGUUUGACCCAUGCCAUGGCUAAAGCGUGCAGUGCAGGACGGAUGGAGCGCUGCACCUGUGACGAGGCUCCUGACCUGGAGAACCGAAAGGCCUGGCAGUGGGGGGGCUGCGGGGACAACCUCAAAUACAGCAACAAGUUCGUCAAGGACUUCCUGGGCAAGAGGUCCAACAAGGACCUGCGUGCCCGCGUUGACAUGCACAACAGCCAUGUUGGCAUGAAGGUCAUUAAGUCUGGAGUGGAUACCACCUGUAAGUGCCACGGCGUGUCAGGCUCGUGUACGGUGCAGACGUGUUGGCGUCAGCUGGCGCCGUUCCACAAAAUCGGCAUGGUUUUGAAGCAGCGCUACGAGACGGCACUCAAGGUAGCCAGCGCCACCAACCAGGCGAAAGGCGAGGGCGAGCCGGCCCACGCACCACCGCGCGCCCGAGCCGAGCCUUUCUCACGCACCUCUGACCUGCUGCACAUCGAGGACUCGCCCAAUUUCUGCCAGGCCAGCAUGUACUCGGCAGGGACGGCAGCGCGAAAGUGCCACAAGGACAAGAACUGUGACGCCAUCUGCUGCGGGCGCGGUCAUAACACGCAGAGCCGCGUGCUGACCCGGCCGUGCCAAUGCCAGGUGCGCUGGUGCUGCUACGUCGAGUGUAAGCAGUGCACGCAAAAAGAGGAAGUGUAUACUUGCAAGGGGUAAAAAAAAUAAUAAAUACCCCAUCAGCCACACAACAUGGACAACGAGGGUUUCUGAGCCUGACUGGACAAGUGACAGACGGUCGGACACUUUGGGACCAAAAAAAAAAAAAAAAACAAA